AUGAAGACCACCGGAACCAUCACCACCGUCCUGCUCGGCAUGGCCUCGCUUACCAGCGCCCAUUACGCCUUCGACAAGACCGAGCUUAACGGCAAGCAGGUCGGCGGAGACAAUGCUUCUAUCCGCAAGCACCAGAACGGCUUCAUGCCCAUCAAGUUCAACAAGACGCCCGAGGGAUCCAUCACCCCGACAGUCGCCGACUUUGCCUGCAACAAGGGCGCCGUUGGUGCCAAGGACGUCCUCAAGGUCAAGGCCGGCGACAAGGUUGCCAUGAGGCAGGGCUUCGGGGCCAACGGCAUGCUGCACCCCGGCCCGGCCCAGGUUUACGUGUCGCCGGUCGCCAACGCCAAGACGGACAACGGAGAGGACUGGUACAAGAUCCACCAGAGCCUGAUCUGCAAGCAGGGAAGCGCCGAGAGCCUCCGCACCGACGCCUGGUGCAGCUGGGGCGAGAACAACGUCAACGCCAUCAUCCCCGCCACCAUCCCCGACGGCCAGUACCUCCUCCGCGGCGAGCACAUUGGUCUGCACGGCGCCCACGACGGUCAGGCCGAGUUCUACGUCGCCUGCAUGCAGAUCGAGGUGACUGGCAACUCGGCCACCAGCAUGCCCGGCACCAGCGCCAAGAUCCCCGGCAUCUACAAGUCCACUGACAAGGCCGUCAACUUCAGCGUCUGGGGCAGCUCGACCAGCUACGACGUCUCCCCUGGCCCUGACGUCAUCCCCGGCGGUACCAUUCGUGGCUCGGCCAACGGUGCCGGUGGCGACAAGACCACCACUGUCUCUGGCGGUGGCGCCUCUGCCGCUGCCUCCAACGGCAACAACAACAACAACAACAACAACAAGAACACUAGCGGCACCAAGAGCAUCAAGCAAGUCAAGUCCAAUGCGCAGGAGGAUUCUGCCGAGUGCAACGGCCGCCGCCGCCGCUCUCUGCCCAGGCGUGCGGCUGAGCAGCUUGUCGAUGAGGAGCUGCAGUUCGAGUAA